UUGGCUACACUGAGUGCCUGUCAUUGCUGCUUCCACCGGUGAUUGGUAGUCAGGGCGCCGCUCUGCGAGGCGCCGGUUCCGCCCCCGUCGGGUGUUUGUGGUGGGGCUGCGGAGUCGCCGAUCCCGCCGGAAGCGCCAGGACAAUGGGGACCCGGGACGACGAGUACGACUACCUAUUCAAAGUGGUGCUGAUUGGAGAUUCAGGUGUGGGCAAGAGCAACCUGCUGUCACGCUUUACCCGAAACGAGUUCAACCUGGAGAGCAAGAGCACCAUUGGUGUGGAGUUCGCUACACGCAGCAUUCAGGUGGAUGGCAAGACCAUCAAGGCACAGAUCUGGGACACAGCUGGCCAGGAGCGUUACCGUGCCAUCACCUCCGCUUACUACCGAGGUGCAGUGGGUGCACUGCUAGUAUAUGACAUCGCCAAGCACCUGACGUACGAGAAUGUGGAGCGCUGGCUGAAGGAGUUGCGGGACCAUGCAGACAGCAACAUCGUCAUCAUGCUGGUGGGCAACAAAAGUGACCUGCGCCACCUGCGGGCUGUGCCCACCGAUGAGGCCCGUGCCUUUGCAGAAAAGAACAACUUGUCCUUCAUUGAGACCUCAGCCUUGGACUCCACCAACGUAGAGGAAGCAUUCAAGAACAUCCUCACAGAAAUCUAUCGCAUCGUGUCACAGAAGCAGAUCGCUGACCGUGCAGCACAUGAUGAGUCCCCUGGCAACAAUGUGGUUGACAUCAGCGUGCCACCCACCACCGAUGGACAGAAACCCAACAAGCUGCAGUGCUGCCAGAACCUGUGACCGCCCUGCUCCUCCACCCAGCGUGCGUGCACGUCCUUGAUCCUUGGCCCCGGCCCUUCCCUAGUCCCCCUGGGACAGGCUGCUCCCAUCCUCCAGCUGGCCCAGGAAGAGUAGGAGUGGCACCUGCUUUCCUGCCUGCUCGAGAGAAGCUAGAAACCCCUGCUUAUGCACCUGCUCUGGGGUCUCUGCGGGCAUCUUGGCAGGGUAGGGAGGUUGGCAGGAUGGACAGGGCCAGCCAGAGGCAAGGAAGAUGAGUGGAAGGAGCCGGCUUCUCCUGUUUUCCAUGGCAGACUUCAAGGAACGAUCACCUCCCUCCCUCUGGCCAGCUGGCCCUGCAUCCCCACCCAGAACCCUCUCUGGGAUGACCCUGAAGAGCCAGGCAGCAGGAGCCAGGCAGGUGGACACCCCAGGCUCCACCUCCCACCUGCACCACCACAGCCAGCGCCAGCACGGCCUCCAGCACUCCUGGGCCUGCACACCCCUGCUCCUGCCUGUAGAUUUAUGCUGGGAGAAGACCCCCUCGCCCUUCUCUCCCUCCUCCUCUGCACGCAGCGCUCUCCCCCUGCCCAUCCCCACCCCCUCUUCUCUGUCUCGUCUCCUUGUCUGGUCAGGAACCUGUUUGCAAGUGAAGCAAUAUCUCCGUGUUUUGUAUAUACAACCGCUCUUGUAGCCUUUGGUUUUUGUUAUUGUAGAGAAACACAGAUUCUUUAUACACUUUGUAAGAUUUACGCCAAACCCCAGCUCUCGAUCUCUUAUUCUCCUUGUAGCCCCUGCACUGUUGCCCAUUACUAAAAUGUAUAAGCCAACUUCCUGUACAGAAACCUGC